GGAGUAGAAACAACAAGCCGCCAUUUUGUUUGUGCGGAGAGACCGAAAGAGACAGGAGACCGAGAAAACGCUUCUGUAGCGCCGUUCCUAGCGACUUGGAUAGCCGCCGGGAGGAAAGUGGUGCUAUCGUCUCGGUGGAAAUAAGACAUAACGAAAUCCUUAAUAGAUUAAAAACGAAACAGAGAGAGGGAGAAACGGGUUAAACGCUCUCUUGAAAAUCCAAGGAAGGGGGUGUUUUUACGGAGCGGAGAGGAGAGGCGGAAGAAGGCAAUACAUUUAAACGAAGGAAAGCCUGCGAGGGAGAGGAAAAUAUAACAUUUAAUUUUUACUACAUCUCCAUCUCUGGUCACGGGGAGGAAAAUCCUUCAGAAGAUAAAACGAUGUCUUUAACUAGCUGCUGGAAGGACUGAGAGUAAAGGAUAUAACAGAAGAAUUGGAAGGUAGAGAAAAUAAAAGGAUAAACGCGAAGGGGGGGAUACAGCAUCACAAAAGACUCAAUGAAAGGUUUUUGAGGAACCAAAAUUAUUUUGUGGGGCUGACGCUUCCUACAUCUUUUGGAUGUGAACUGAUUCCCCACUUUUAUUGUAACGUUACAAAAUAUUGGGGCGACCCCCCUCGUUAUAUCCGAUUUUCGUGCGUCGCCGUAUUCUCUUUUCUUGGUUAGGGAUUUUUUUUCUUAACUUGCAUCGCGAGCCAUCGCGGUAUGCGCAGUGACAGAUAAAUUAUUUUUUGCAACAUUUGUCAACCGGUGAAAAUAGCUUACAACAAUUCGUUAGGUUCUUUAAAACAGGCUACUUAAUGUAUGGUCGCAAGACGGCGAGCUUUAUACUUCGCAAAAACGCUCGCUGGUAAUGAAACUAGCUUAACGACUAAUUGGAUCAAACUGAUAUUAAUUAGCUCGGUGUGCAAUUUUGGUAAACGUGGCAUUUUUAUAAAAUUAACACAGUGGUGAUAAUUGGGAAUGCACAUUGCUGCAACUACACAAUCAAUGCGGUUGCUUGAAGCAAUGAUCAGAGAUUUUUGAUAAUAUUUCGAACCCAAUUUCUGGCAUUCUGCUUAUGCAGAGGGCGCCCGAUCCAACUUAGGUGGACGCAUAAACAAAUGUUCGACAUAUCAAUAGCUUGCAUUCUAGAUAUCUAAAUAGAAAUUGCAAUCUUUUGUGAAACAAGUAUUAAUGCAGUAUGCAAUUUCUUCAUUGCAAUGAAGUGUUAACCACCGAUAUCAGGGCGGCUCUGGACAGUUUAUACAUACUUCAGAAGUGAUCGGCCAGCCUACUCAUAAGCGCCAUGGUAUUAUAUUUCAGUAGUAAUGCACGUGUAUGCUAUUUAUCGCACGAAACGAUACUGUAAACUGAGGUUGAUCCGACUAUUAUUCACUAGAUUAAUAACGACAUACAGUAAAACAGAUUAUGCAUUGUGAAUCGUGUCAUUUUUGUAGUAGGUCGUGGGAGUGCUUAGUGACUUAAAGUUUUAACACUAGGUCUAGCGUUAGGUCUUAGGCUAUUUUACGAACGGUUGACAUUUUCUUUUUUAGUCUCUACUUCAGAGUCAGUUACACAAUUACAAAAGGCGUGAUUCGUGAUUGCAAAUGAAAUUCACACUGCUGAAAAUCAGUCGACAAUAAAUAUUUGGUGGUAGUGAUUUUGGGAGUUUUUCCACUUUUCACUGGAUAUCUAGACACAGAAAUGCGAAUGGUGAUGCUGGGAACGAACUGCAUUGACUGCAAUGGGAACUCUGUGCAAAAAAUGGAUUUACCUUCUGACGGGAUUUUCAUUACCAUUGCAUGAGGCGAGCCCCUAACCGUAGAUAUCGGGGUGCAUUUGGGUUGCAUUCUUUAUCGUGUUUCCCAUCUAGCCUCACGCGCUACGACGCCCUAGCUCAACGCAGAACUGAACUCUUGAUUUCACCGCCGACUAUGGCGGAAAAGAGUGAUACAGCUAUGGAGGAUAAGUCUUGGGACAAUCUCCCAGUCGCCGAAGAGGCUACGUGAGUUUCUUUGGAGUCUGGACUCUUCUGUCUUUUACCGACGCCACAUUCCCUUGUCCUGCUCUAUUCGGAACAAUCUAGCCUUGCUAUAACGUUACAUUUUCUUUAUUAAUCCGAGAGGGGAAGGGGAUUGAUACACUGGGUCUUGUUUAAAAGCGAAUCAAGAACGAGAUUGUAGCAACAAGGCUAUCCUCCAUCUACUCGCAACGGAGGGGAACAGAUUAAAAACGUUUGGAGAAGGGAUUGCCCAAGACACCCAGAAGGACUCGAACAAGGGAAAACGUCUGUCCUUUGUGGAUACAUAUUUUUUUGUUAUUCGUGAAAAAAAAUAUGGCCGAUAAUGUUCUGGACUCCGGCCCGCCUUCAGCCAAGAGGCCUAAACUAUCCUCUCCGGCUCUCUCUGUCUCCGCCAGCGAUGGAAAUGAUUUUGGUUCCCUCUUCGACUUGGAGCACGACCUCCCCGAUGAGCUCAUCAACUCCACGGAUCUGGGCUUGCCCAACGGCGGAGACCUCAGCCAGCUCCACACCAGCCUGGGCGGAGGAGGAGGAGGAGGCGGCGUCGGCGGCGGGGCCGCGGGCGCUGGCCAGGAUGCUGCUGCCAAACACAAGCAGCUCUCGGAGCUCCUGCGCUCCGGGGCAUCUCUCCCAACCACCUCGGCGGCCGGCAGCCCGGGGAACGCUGCCUCCAUGGGACUCCUGGGAGGGCUGAACGCUGCCACCUCGGGGCCACAGUCCCUGGGCCAGCCGCAGCAACACUCCUCGCCCCAGCAGACAGGCAUGAUGCAGCAGGCUGGCAUGGUAGGUGGCCUGAACAGGGGCAUGAUGGGAACCCAGAAGGGCAACGGCCAGCAGCUGCAGGGCCCAGCUGCCCCCGGCAUGAUGGGCGGGCAAGUGAUGAACGGCUCGCCCAGGAUGGGCUACCCGAACCAGGGCAUGGGGAGCAACAGCAACCUACUCGCAGACACGCUACAACAGCAGCAGCAGGGCGGUCCACAGAUGGGUCAUGCUGGCAUGAGGCCACAGCAACCCGGAGCCAUGAACAAGAUGGGGAUGAUGCAGAAUGCUGGGCCCUAUGGCGGACCCUAUGGCCAGACUGCAGGUCAGGUGAUGGGCGGGCAGCUUCAGAACAAAGCAACGAUGCCCAACAGCCUCGCCCAGUUUAACAUGGACAAGAAGCCCCAGCCCGUCCAGGGCAUGACUGCCAUGGCCUCCCAGCAGCCCUCGGUGGUUGGCUCGGGAGCAGUGGGUGGCGCAGCGGGCCCCGCCGGUGCCCAGACGAGCCUGAGUGCCAUGGCCUCGGCCCCGGGCAGCGCGGCGCCCCCCACGGCCGACCCGGAGAAGCGCAAGCUCAUCCAGCAGCAGCUGGUGCUGCUGCUGCACGCGCACAAGUGCCAGCGGCGCGAGCAGGCCAACGGCGAGAUGCGCCCGUGCAACCUGCCCCACUGCCGCACCAUGAAGAACGUCCUCAACCACAUGACCCACUGCCAAGCUGGCAAGUCCUGCCAGGUGGCGCACUGUGCCUCUUCGCGACAGAUCAUCUCUCACUGGAAGAACUGCACGCGGCAUGACUGCCCUGUCUGUCUGCCGCUGAAGAACGCUGGAGACAAGCGCAACCAGCAGUCGCUCCUUGGCCAGGCUGGGGUGGGUCUGGGUAGCUCGUUAGGGGCUGUGCCAGGCGGUCAGCCCAGCACGCCCAACCUCAACCCGCCCAGCCAGAUCGACCCCAGUUCCAUAGAGCGGGCCUACGCCGCUCUCGGUCUCACCUACCAAGGCAACCAGAUGACCGCCACACCUCAGUCGUCAUCUCUACCCGCCCAGGGCCUCCCGGGCCAGGCUGGCGUCAGGCCCAUGAACCCAAUGGCUGGAGGAAACCCCAUGGGUGUGAACGGUGGUGUGGGGGUUCCGUCCCCCAGCCAGCAGACUAACCUUCUCCAGGACUCCAUGCUGCACCGAAACAUGAACGCGCAAAGCUUAAUGAACGACAGCGCUGCCGUGGGUAACCUGGGCUCCAUGCCCACAGCCACGCCGCCCUCGGUUGCGGGCAUGAGGAAGAGCUGGCAUGAGGAUAUCACCCAGGACCUACGCAACCACCUUGUGCACAAACUAGUGCAGGCCAUCUUCCCCACACCAGACCCCGCUGCACUGAAGGACAGACGAAUGGAGAACCUGGUGGCGUACGCGCGGAAGGUGGAAGGGGACAUGUACGAGUCGGCCAACAGCAGGGCGGAAUACUACCACCUCCUAGCUGAGAAGAUUUAUAAGAUCCAGAAGGAGCUGGAGGAGAAGAGACGGACUCGGCUACAGAAGCAGGGCAUGAUGCCUUCUCAGCCGGGCAUGCCCCCCUCCAACCUGCCCCCCGUCAUGGGCCAGCUGCCUCUGCCCCCCGGGCAGCCGCCCAACGGACCCCAUGCAGACCCCUCCCUUGUCCAGCCAGCGGGACCCAAUCAGAUGGUCAGCCGUAUGCAGAACCCUGCAGCCAUGAAUCAGUUCAACCAGAUGGCGAUGCAGGGGGGCGGGCCGAGGUCGACGCCCCCACUACCCAUGGGAGGUCCGCUCAAUCAGAUGGGUCGGGGAAGCCCAAGGAUGGGCCAGCCCAACGUGGCCCAGAUGCAGAAUCAGUACCUGCCAUCUGGGCAGUUUCCAGGCUCCAAUGGCGGCCUCAACGCUGGCCCAGUAGGUAUGGGCCAGUCGGGGCCACAGCCUGGCAUGACUCAGCAGGCUCAGAUGCCCACUCCGACCUCCCUCCCCGUGGGCAGCCCAGUCGGGCAGUCCAGCUCGGUGUCCGGAGCGGGCCCAGGCCCCGGGGCACCUGUGGGCUCCAUGCUGCCCGGUAGCGUGCCCGGAGGUGGUCCUUCUAGCAUGGCACCGUCCUCGCAGCCCAACUCGCAUGGGCACUGCCCGCCCAUGCGCCAGAGCUCGCCCUCUCCGCGCAGCCUCACGCCGACCCCUCGCCCCGCUACUCCCGCCCACCCUGGCUCGCAGACACCGCAGCCUCAUACGCCAAACCCGCCCUCUGUCCCACCGUCAGCGCAACAGCAACAACAACAACAACAACAACAACAGCAACAGCAGCAGCAGCCGCCGCCAAUGGCUCAGCCAAUGGCGCCAGGGAUGGGAGCGGAGAAAAACAAUCAGCAACAGCAGCAGACACUCGGGGGCGGUGCCAAUGGAGGCCACCAGCCGGGGAUGGUGCCGUCUCUGCCUGCGCAGAACUCUCACAUGCCCAACCAGCACCCGCGAACACCGCUCUCUCAGAAGUCCUCUCUGACGGCCGACGGGCAGGUCUCCACGCCAGCCUCCGUCAGCAGCGUGGACCACAGCUCCCAAAUGCCCCCCUCCGACGCCCCCGCGCCGCUCGAGCCCAAGAUGGAGGUGAAGCAGCAGCCAUCGGCCGAGGAGGAAGAAGAGGCUGAGUCGGAGGGGAAGCCCUCGGGGAAGAUGGGCAUGAAGCACGAGGUCAAGUCUGAGGAGAAGCCGGAGGUGAAAAAGGAGGAGCCCUCUGACGGCUGUAAGGCAGAGCCUAUGGAGACGUCCAUCGCUUCCGGCGAAGACCGGAAGCCAGAGGUGAAGAGCGAACCCAAAGAGGAAGAGGAUGGCCCUGGCGCCGCCGGUGCCAACAGCUCCCCCGCUGCUGCCCAGAGCAAGAAGAAAAUCUUCAAGCCGGAGGAGCUUCGGCAGGCACUCAUGCCCACCCUGGAGGCGUUGUACCGGCAGGAUCCCGAGUCUCUGCCCUUCCGUCAGCCUGUAGACCCCCAGUUACUGGGAAUACCCGACUACUUCGACAUAGUCAAGAACCCCAUGGACCUGUCCACCAUCAAGCGCAAAUUAGACACGGGGCAGUACCAGGAACCCUGGCAGUACGUGGACGACAUCUGGCUAAUGUUCAACAACGCCUGGCUCUACAACCGCAAGACCUCGCGCGUCUACAAGUACUGCUCCAAGCUGGCAGAGGUCUUCGAGCAGGAGAUCGACCCAGUGAUGCAGAGCCUGGGCUAUUGCUGUGGGAGGAAGCUGGAGUUUUCCCCACAAACCCUCUGCUGCUACGGGAAGCAGCUGUGCACCAUCCCACGAGAUGCUGCCUACUUCAGCUACCAGAACAGGUACCACUUCUGUGAGAAGUGUUUCAACGAAAUCCAGGGCGAGAGCGUUUCCCUGGGAGACGACCCCUCCCAGCCUCAGACGUCCAUCAACAAAGAGCAGUUUCAGAGGAAGAAGAAUGACACGUUGGACCCUGAAUUACUUGUUGAAUGUACUGACUGUGGUCGUAAAAUGCACCAGAUCUGCAUUUUGCACAAUGACACAAUUUGGCCAGCAGGCUUUGUGUGUGACAGCUGUCUCAAGAAAUGUAAUAAGACGAGAAAGGAGAACAAGUAUGCAGCCAGAAGGCUGCCCCAGACUAAGUUGGGCUGCUUCCUUGAGGGACGGGUGAAUGACUACCUGAGGCGGCACAACCACCGGGAUAUGGCGCCGACAGCCGGUGAAGUCACCAUCCGUGUUGUCCAUGUAUCGGACAAGGUGGUGGAGGUGAAGCCCGGCAUGAAGGCCAGGUUUGUGGACAGCGGUGAGAUGUCGGAGUCCUUCCCCUACAGGACCAAAGCUCUCUUUGCCUUUGAGGACAUUGACGGUGUGGACGUGUGCUUCUUUGGCAUGCACGUGCAGGAGUACGGUUCAGACUGCCCUCCCCCCAACCAGAGGCGGGUGUAUAUCUCCUACCUGGACAGUGUGCACUUUUUUCAGCCUCGUCACCUGAGAACAGGUGUCUACCAUGAAAUCCUCAUUGGGUACCUGGAGUAUGUCAGGAGGCUUGGGUUCACCACGGGGCACAUUUGGGCGUGCCCGCCCAGUGAGGGCGACGACUACAUCUUCCAUUGUCACCCUAUGGACCAGAAGAUCCCCAAGCCCAAACGCCUGCAGGAGUGGUACAAGAAGAUGCUGGACAAGGCUGUUGCUGAGCGUAUCGUUCAUGACUACAAGGACAUCUUCAAACAGGCCACUGAGGAUCGUCUGACCAGUGCCAAGGAGCUCCCCUACUUUGAGGGUGAUUUCUGGCCCAAUGUGCUGGAGGAGAGCAUUAAGGAGCUGGAGCAGGAGGAGGAGGAGAGGAAAAGGGAGGAGAACAGCACCUCCAGUGAGAGCAUUGAUGCAACCAAAGGGGACAGCAAGAAUGCCAAGAAGAAGAACAGCAAGAAGACAAGCAAGAAUAAGAGUAGCCUGAGCAGGGCCAACAAGAAGAAGCCGGGCAUGCCUAAUGUGUCUAAUGACCUUUCACAGAAGCUGUAUGCAACUAUGGAGAAGCACAAAGAGGUGUUCUUUGUGAUCCGGCUGAUCGCUGGCCCCACCGCCAACUCCCUCCCGCCCAUUUCGGACCCAGACCCGCUGAUGGCGUGCGAUCUGAUGGAUGGGCGUGACGCUUUCCUGACGCUGGCACGCGACAAGCACCUGGAGUUCUCCUCGAUGCGGCGCUCCAAGUGGAGCUCCAUGUGCAUGCUGGUGGAGCUGCACAACCAGAGCCAGGACCGCUUCGUCUACACCUGCAACGAGUGCAAGCACCACGUGGAGACGCGCUUCCACUGCACCGUCUGCGAGGACUACGACCUCUGCGGGAAAUGCUACAACAUCAAGGGCCACGAGCACAAGAUGGAGAAGCUCGGGCUUGGUCUGGACGACGAGAGCAACAACGCAGCAGCCGCCUCCACCCAGAACCCCAGCGACUCCCGCCGCCUGAGUAUCCAGCGCUGCAUCCAGUCGCUGGUGCACGCCUGCCAGUGCCGCAACGCCAACUGCUCGCUGCCUUCGUGCCAGAAGAUGAAGCGAGUGGUGCAGCACACCAAGGGCUGCAAGCGCAAGACCAACGGCGGCUGUCCCAUCUGCAAGCAGCUCAUUGCACUCUGCUGCUACCAUGCCAAGCACUGCCAGGAGGCCAAGUGCCCCGUGCCCUUCUGCCUGAACAUCAAACACAAGCUGCGGCAGCAGCAGCUGCAGCACCGGCUCCAGCAGGCGCAGAUGCUGCGGCGGCGCAUGGCCACCAUGCAGAGGGCCGGGCAGCCUUGCCCUGGCGGCCCGCCUGGGGGACUCCCUUCUCCUGGAAACAACGGCACCACGGGGCCCAGCACGCCCACGUCCGUCGGUACUCAGCCGCCCACUCCACAGACCCCCACGCAGACCGGCAUGCCCGCUCUGCCCCAGCCUGGCGUGGGCGGCAUGUCCGGGGGGCCACCUGGUGGGCAGCAACAGCAGCCAAUGCCCCAGCAAGGUGGGAUGCCCCAGCACCCUAUGCACCAUCAGUUCCAGCAGAUGCCUGGCGGAGGCGGCGGCAUGAUGAACUCACCGCAGCAACAGAUGGCCAUGCAGCAACAACAGCAGCAGCAGCAACAACAACAACAACAGCAGCAGCAGCAGGCGGCACAGCAGGCUCAGCAGCAGAUGCAGCACCCCAACAGUAUGGCUCCUUACGGGCCGAGAGCUCCCGGCUCGUCCCCUCGCGCCCAGACCCAGGGUAAACCGGGGCUAGGCCCGGCGACACCACCACAGCCGCCGCAGCAGCAGACGCCCCCGCAUCUGCCCAACCCUGGCCAGCCACCCAUGUCCCAACAGCCACCACAGCAACAGCAGCCUCCCUCGGGGCCUCCUCCGGCCGCCGUGGAGAUCGCAAUGAAGAUCCAGCAGGUGGCCGACGCCCAGAGGAAGAUGGCCCAGGCUCAGAUCCUGAGACAGGCCACCCAGGGCGGCAUGAUGCCCCCACAUCCCCACCACCCCCAACAGGCCCCAGGCCAGAUGGGGAUGCCCCACCCUGGGGUGGGGAUGGUGGCGGCUCAGGGCUUGCCCCCCCAGGCUGCUGCAGCCAGGGCUCAUCUGGAGCAGCAGCAGCAACCGCAACAGCAGGUACCGCCUGGCAUGAUGGUGGGCCCCAUGCAGCAGCAGGGCCAGCCCAUGCAGCCCAACUCCCAGGGCCAGCUACCGCCACAGGUACCCCUCCAGCCCAGGGUGGGUCCUCAGCUGCAGCCUCCCCAGCAGCAGUGGGCCGGUCAGGGCAUGCCACCCCAGCAGAGGCCAGUCAUGAUGGGCCAGAUGGCACAGCCGGGAAUGGCCGCUCAGCAGCAACAACAGAUGCAGCAGCAGCAACAACAACCGCAGCAGCAGAUUCCCGGGCGCAACCCUCUGAUGCAGGGGGGCGCAAGCGGCAGUGCAGGUCCUGGGAAUUUCCCCCAGGGGGCGCUGCAGGACCUGCUCCGGACCCUGCGCUCCCCAAGCUCCCCUCUCCAGCAGCAGCAGGUGCUCAACAUCCUCCGCUCCAACCCCCAGCUCAUGGCUGCCUUCAUCAAGCAGAGAGUCUACAAAUACAAAGGUGGUGCAGCCGGUGGGGCGCCCCCUGGUGGACAACCAGGAGCGGGACCCCAGGGGCUACCUGGAGCCAUGGGCGUCCAACCGGGCGCUGUUGGCGCAGGCGCUCCCCAAGGUGGGAUACACUUAGGUCAGGGUGUUGGCAUGCAGUCGAUAGCCCAACUGCAGCAGCAGCAGUUGCAACAACAACAACAGCAGCAGCAGCAGCAGCAGCAACAGCGACCCAUGUUACCACAGCAAGUGGCAGCCCUGCAGCAGCAACAACAACAACAACAGCAGCAGCAGCAGCAGCAGCAGCAGCAGCAACAACAACAAGGGGGCAUCCCAGGGCAGGGACCCUCCAUGGUCAGCAUGGCCAACAACCCCCAGUUCCGAGAGCUCCUACUGAGGAGGCACCUGCAGCAGCAACAACAACAACAACAACAGCAGCAGCAGCAGGCCCAGCAGCAGCAGCAGAUGGCAAACCACGCUCAGUUCCAGCAGCCCCAGCCCCCCCAGCAGCAGCCUCCGCAGGGCUACAUGGGCCAGCCUGGGAGCAUGCAAGUGCCCCCUGGUGGCCAACAGCUCCCUCCUGGGGCUCAACAGCAGCAGCAGCAGCAGGCGGCCACCGCAGCCCUGCAGCAGAGGCUCCAGAUGCAGCAGCAGCAGCAGAACGCCAUGCUGCAGGGGGCUGACGGAGGUCCAGGCGGAGGAGGAGUGGGAGGCCCGCAGCAGCCUCCCCAGCAGCCGGGCGGCCAGGCCGGCCCGCAGACCCAAGCCCUCCUCCAGCAGGCCCUGCAGCACCGGCUCCUGCAGCAGCAGCAGCACCUGGCUGGGGGGUCACCCGCCCAGCACAGCAAUCCCAUGAGCCCACAACAGCAGCAGCAGCAGCAGCAACAACAGCAGCAGCAGAUGUCCCAGUCUCCUCAUCUACAGGGCCAGCAGCUCUCCACGUCGCUUAGCAACCAGGUGCGCUCGCCGCAGCCGUCGCCGCGGCCACACUCGCAGCCGCCACACUCCAGCCCCUCGCCCCGCAUGCAGCCUCAGCCCUCCCCGCACCACAUCUCGCCCCAGACCCAGACUGGGUCGCCGCACCCCUCGCACCUGACCCAGCACCACCCAGGGAUGGUGGUCCCGCCACCCCAACAGAACCCUCAGCAGCAGCAGAACCCCAUGGACGGUGGCCCCUUUGGGUCAGAUCAGAACGCCAUGCUGUCGCAGCUGAGCAGCAUGGGGGCACUGCACGGGCCGGGAGGACCGGACAUGCUAUCAGGAAAUAGCCAGGACCUCAACGCCAAUAUGAAUCACAACUCCUUAGACAUCAUGUAGCAUUGAGGUGCUCCCAGAACACGCCUCACAAGGGAGUGAACAGUGUUACGUUUUUUGGGGGGUUUUGUUUUUUAAAUCAGUACAAAGAUUAUUAUUUAAUGUUUUCAAUAUAAACACAACGAACUGACCUUCCUAUGGGAGAUGUUACAAUAAAUCAAAAUGUCAAAUGAAUGAAUAAAAUAAAUGAAUGGUAAGUUAUUGCUGUUAAUAUAUAUAUUUUUUCUUUUGCCAAUUGUGUACAAAGAGAGGGGAAAUUUUUCUCCCUUAGAGAAAAACACAGGUAAUAUUUUUGGGGUCGGGUGGAGAGGAGUAUUUGCCUUUUUUAGGAGAUAUUUUUAAGAUUUUAAAAAGUGGUGAAAUAUUAAAGAGCAAGUGAUUUAAUGCAA